UAUGGGGUGAAGGGGGGGGCGCUUUGCCGAGGGGAGCCUAACCUUCCUGGGCAGGAGCAGUGACCAUAGGCCUCCCCCCCACUGAAGGCAGGUGGGAGGAGGCUGAUUUAAAAGGCAGAUGGGCCUCUGGCCAAAGCAUUCGGCUCUGCCGCCAGCCACUGCCACCCGUGGGUCCCAGGAGUAUCCAGACUUCCGGACCCUCUCAGGGCGGGUGCCAUGUGAGCCCAGCUUGGCUCACCUCCAGCCGGCCUUCCUUCCUUCCCUCCUCCUGCCCGCGCGUGCCUGUCCAGCCUCUCCAGAGAGGGACGCUUAGCACCAUGUCUCUGCUCAACCCGGUCCUGCUGCCCCCCAAGGUGAAGGCUUAUCUGAGCCAAGGGGAGCGCUUCAUCAAAUGGGACGAUGAAACUACAAUAGCCUCCCCGGUUAUCCUCCGUGUGGAUCCCAAGGGCUACUACUUAUAUUGGACAUAUCAGAGUAAGGAGAUGGAGUUUCUGGAUAUCACCAGCAUCAGGGAUACCCGCUUUGGGAAGUUUGCCAAGAUACCCAAGAGCCAGAAGCUCCGGGAUGUCUUCAACAUGGACUUCCCUGACAACAACUUCCUGCUGAAGACGCUCACUGUGGUGUCCGGCCCUGACAUGGUGGACCUCACCUUCCACAACUUCGUGGGCUGCGGGGGGAGGGGGGGCGCCUGCGUGUGGCCAGGGGUCUGACUGCAGUGCUCUGGGGUCCCACAGAACUGGGCCGAAGAUGUGCUGGCUCUGGUCAAGCACCCGCUGACAGCCAAUGCCUCCCGCAGCACCUUCUUGGACAAAAUCCUGGUAAAGCUCAAGAUGCAGCUCAACCCCGAAGGGAAGAUUCCUGUGAAAAAUUUUUUCCAGAUGUUUCCUGCUGACCGCAAGCGGGUGGAAGCUGCCCUCAGCGCCUGCCACCUCCCAAAAGGCAAGAAUGAUGCCAUCAAUCCUGAGGACUUCCCAGAAUCCGUCUACAAGAGUUUCCUCAUGAGCCUCUGUCCUCGGCCAGAAAUAGACGAGAUCUUCACUUCCUACCAUGCCAAGGCCAAACCCUACAUGACCAAGGAGCACUUGACCAAGUUCAUCAACCAGAAACAGAGGGACCCCCGUCUCAACUCUUUGCUGUUUCCACCGGCACGGCCUGACCAGGUGCGGGGCCUCAUCGACAAGUAUGAGCCCAGUGGCAUCAACGUGCAGAGGGGCCAGCUCUCCCCAGAGGGCAUGGUGUGGUUUCUCUGCGGGCCCGAGAACAGCGUGCUGGCCCAGGACAAGCUGCUGCUCCACCACGACAUGACUCAGCCACUCAACCAUUACUUCAUCAACUCCUCACACAACACCUACCUGACAGCCGGCCAGUUCUCUGGCCUUUCCUCGGCCGAGAUGUACCGCCAGGUGCUGCUCGCUGGCUGCCGCUGUGUGGAGCUGGACUGCUGGAAGGGCAAGCCCCCUGACGAGGAGCCCAUUAUCACCCACGGCUUCACCAUGACCACGGACAUCUACUUCAAGGAAGCAAUUGAAGCCAUCGCAGAAAGUGCCUUUAAGACCUCCCCCUAUCCUGUCAUCCUAUCAUUUGAAAACCAUGUGGACUCACCCCGCCAACAGGCCAAGAUGGCUGAAUACUGCCGGAUGAUGUUUGGGGAUAUGCUGCUCACAGAGCCCCUGGAAAAGUUCCCGUUGAAACCAGGCAUCCCCCUGCCAAGCCCUGAGGCUCUCCGAGGCAAGAUCCUCAUCAAGAACAAAAAGAACCAGUUUUCUGGCCCAGCAGCCCCCAGCGAGGAGCCGGGAGAGGAGGCUGAGGGCAACUGCCCACCCAACGCCUCUGUGGGGGAGGACACAGUGUGGGCUGGCGAGGAAGGGGCAGAGCCGGAGGAGGAAGAGGAGGAAGAGGAGGAGGAGGAGGAAGAGUCGGGAAACCUGGAUGAGGAGGAGAUCAAGAAGAUGCAGUCGGAUGAGGGUACAGCGGGCCUGGAGGUGACAGCUUAUGAGGAGAUGUCCAGCCUAGUGAAUUACAUCCAGCCCACCAAGUUCAUCUCCUUUGAGUUCUCUGCCCAGAAGAACCGAAGUUAUGUCAUCUCGUCCUUCACAGAGCUCAAGGCCUAUGAGCUGCUCUCCAAGGCCUCAGUGCAGUUUGUGGACUACAACAAGCGCCAGAUGAGCCGCAUUUACCCUAAGGGCACCCGCAUGGACUCCUCCAACUACAUGCCCCAGAUGUUCUGGAACGCCGGUUGCCAGAUGGUUGCCCUCAACUUCCAGACGAUGGACCUGCCCAUGCAGCAGAACAUGGCGCUGUUUGAGUUCAAUGGGCAGAGUGGCUACCUCCUCAAGCAUGAGUUCAUGCGGCGGCCAGACAAGCAGUUCAACCCCUUCUCCGUGGACCGCAUCGACGUGGUGGUAGCCACCACCCUUUCCAUCACGGUGAUCUCUGGGCAGUUCCUGUCGGAUCGCAGUGUGCGCACGUAUGUGGAAGUGGAACUGUUUGGCCUUCCUGGGGACCCCAAGAGGCGCUAUCGCACCAAGCUGUCACCCAGCGCCAACUCCAUCAAUCCUGUCUGGAAGGAGGAGCCUUUUGUCUUUGAGAAGAUCUUGAUGCCCGAGCUGGCCUCCCUCAGGGUGGCUGUAAUGGAAGAAGGCAACAAAUUUCUUGGACACCGCAUUAUCCCCAUUAACGCCCUGAAUUCUGGCUACCACCACCUGUGCCUGCACAGCGAGAGCAACAUGCCCCUUACCAUGCCUGCACUUUUUGUCUUCCUGGAGAUGAAGGACUAUGUGCCUGACACCUGGGCAGAUCUCACCGUAGCUCUCGCCAAUCCCAUCAAGUUCUUCAGUGCCCAUGAUAAGAAGUCUGUGAAGCUCAAGGAAGCCAUGGGAGGUCUGCCUGAGAAACCCUUCCCACUUGGGAGUCCAGUUGUCGGCCCGGUCAACGGGACAUUGGCCCCGACGAGCAACGGGUCUGCAGCAGCCGGGGCCAGGGCCAAGCAGGAGGCCACGAAAGAAGGUGCGGAGCCGCGGACCGCCAGCCCGGAGGAGCUGCGGGAGCAGAAGGGCGUCGUGAAGCUGCAGCGGCGGCACGAGAAGGAGCUGCGGGACCUGGAGCGGCGCGGCGCGCGGCGCUGGGAGGAGCUGCUGCAGAGGGGCGCGGCGCAGCUGCCUCCCCCCGCCCCCGCCUCCGCACAGCAAAGGGCUUCUCGAGCUAAAGCCUGUCCCUGCACUACCCCGCAGCAAAUCGCCAAGAUGAUGGAGCUGGCCAGAGAGAAGCAGGCUGCAGAGCUGAAGACCCUCAAGGAGACCUUGGAGACUGACACCAAAGAGAUGAAGAAAAAGCUGGAGGCCAAGAGGCUGGAGCGGAUUCAGGCCAUGGUCAAAGUCACCUCAGACAAGAUGGCUCAGGAAAGGCUGAAGAGAGAGAUUAACAACUCUCACAUCCAGGAGGUGGUGCAAGUCAUUAAGCAGAUGACAGAGAACCUGGAAAAGCACCAGGAGAAGCUAGAGGAGAAGCAGGCAGCCUGCCUGGAACAGAUCCGGGAGAUGGAAAAGCAGUUCCAGCAGGAGGCGCUGGCAGAGUACGAGGCCAGGAUGAAGGGCCUGGAGGCUGAGGUGAAGGAGUCAGUGAAGGCCUGCCUCAGGGACUGCUUACCCUCUGAGGCCAAGGACGAUCCUGAGAGGCCCUGUGAGGCCUUCAGGGAGCUGUGUGAGCAGGACCCACUCACAGUAAAGACGGGCGCCCAGGAGAGCCGCCUCUGAUGCCCUCAUCCCACUGGGACACUCUGUAAGGACAUUCACUCUUCUCUGGGAUGUGGCUCAUGCCCCCAGGAGGAAAGGCCCUGGCAUUCUAAGGCUGUGGGAAGCUGGGGCUCUUUUGGACUCUGGAGCCCCCUCCUCAACAGCCAGGCUAGAGGAGGAGGCAGGAACCGGGUACCAUCAGGGCAGGGGCCCAUCUGAGGUUUGGAGGUCCUCUCCAAUCUGACUUCCUACUUCUCAUCCUUCUUCUCUGCCUCUGAAUAAGUGUCACAUAUUUAUUGAGGGUAAAAGGAUAUGGACUGGGAGGCAGGUAAAGGCACACUUUACCUUUCCAGCGUGCAACUUAGUGGUGUCCCGCCCUGGACUCCAUGUCCUUACCUGGAGGGUUAGGCCUAGCUGCCUGGAACUUCCACUCUAGCACCUUUGGGUCAAGCAGGACCAAACUCCAAACCCUCCUGCUGUGAGGCCCCUUCUCAGACCUGUGCUGAGUUGGCCUCCUUGUCAGUUCCCUGAUAUAGAGCCUGGCACUACCUCCAGGCUCCCUGGGGACAGCUGCUUCCAGAAUUCCAGGCUGAGGUCCCUUCCCUGGCCUCCUGCCUGUGGGGGAUGGGAGGCUGACAUGGAAAAGCUGCCUCAGCGGCCUGACUGCUGAGACAACUGGGCCUCUGGCUUGUAGGGAGGACUAAGGAAGGCCUUUGGGGCACUCUCCUAGGCCGGGGCGGGGGGGUACUUCCUAGUACGUACACCCACUCAGGCUGCCUGACAAGGUCAGCAUCAUUUUCUCUCCUGACCUUAUGAGAUUUAUUUAUUUUUCUCCUUCUUACUCCUACUAAAGAGAACCCUGUCCCAAAUUUCCUGCCUAAGCCUGGCCUUUGUUCUACAGUUAAGAAAUGGGGGGCAGGGGAUAGUAUGCUGCUGAAAUGAAAUGGCCUGGGGGAAAACCCUUGGGAGCUGAAACCAAGGGUGAGGGCCCCUCCAGAGCCCAGUGGAAUGGCCCCACUUCUGGGCCUGAAGGGGAUUCACUUCUCCUUCUGCCGGCCCUGAUGCCACAACCACUGGAAAAUGAGGUCAUCCCCCUUCUCCACCCCCCAACCAGACGUGGCCCUUCCUUGUCUCUACCUUCAGGGCUGCAGCAGAAGAGCCUGGUGCAAAGGUGCCCCCUUCCUCUCGGGGAGUUGUGAACCUCGAGGCCACUCGGGCCGCUUUAGGCAGACUUAGAGUGGUCAGCUUCUCAGGUAGUUAUGGUUGCACCCAACACUUGCUCGAAAGGGGUUUGUGGGCAGCUGUUCACUGCACCUAUGGCAUGGUCCCAAAUCCCAAAUGGAAACAGGCACUGGCUUGGGAGAGGCCAGGUGGGGACUGAUUCUGGGAAGAGGUUGUUUUCUCAUCAGAGAGUUGUAACAAAUGCCAUUAGCUCUGAGCACCUGUGCCUUUGGAAAAUAAACGGAACCACCACCACCA